AUUGAUUUCAUUUUUCUGAAAACUUAAAUAGGGUGCCAAUAAACCCAAUAAGAUUCGAACAUACGUCUUUACAUGUAUAUAAAUAAGAAAUGAUUAUAUAGAAUAAAGGGGUCAGGUCAUUAUAAGUGAUAGAAAAAUCAAAAUAAAUUAAAUAUUUAAAUGUAGCAAAGCGACGAUCAACGAACUUAGAAACCAUUAGACAAGCAAAAGAAGCUACUAAUUAAGAAAAUAAUGAUAUGGGCCAGACAAGGAUUCAACUCAAGAAAUAUUGGAUUUCAUCCAUUCUUACUCUGUGCAUCCAUCAAGCCUGGAGCUUAAAAAAGACAUACUACACUUCAAAGCUACCCAAAUGCCGAAUUAUGGAGGUGUUUGAGUAAACUAAACCAAUAAGAAAUUAAAACUGAGAUAUAAUAAGAAAUUCUGAGUAAGUUGGAUUAUGUUCUUAAAAAUUAUGAUGCUUCAAUUAUAAAAGAGUUUAAGACGAGAGUGGAGAAUAAUUUUGAUUUUGCUUACCUAUAUAAGGAAACCGAGAAAAAAAAACCAGACGAGAAUCAACAUUUAGAAGUUUCUAAUAUUUAAAACUUAAACCAUCCCAAUCAUUAAGAAAGGGAGGAAAGUGAAUCAAAAUCCUUAGUUAAACAAGUUUAAUUGUGUAACACUCAAUAAGGUUCAAUAGCGCAUUUAGAAAAUAGCCAUUAUCACAAGUUAUCAUAAUUUCUUGAAAGAGUUAAAACUUUUAUAAAUAAAUCAUCAGUUGAGUUAAAUGAAUUUUAUUAAGGCGUGUAAAUUUUUCUAGAAUCUUAAUAAAAAGCCCCUUUAAAAAAGUUGAAAUUAGAGCAAAUAGGUGGAGCUGAAUAAGAAGAAGAAAAGUAGGAUUAAAGUAAUAUAAAAUGCCAAUAAUUAAAUUAACUAGAAUAGUAAUAGAAAUAGAAUUAAAAAUAAGAAUAAGAACCAUAAUAGAGUCAGUAAUUUCAAUAAUAAUAAAGGAUGAAUAAAUAAAGCAAAUCCCCUUAAUAAAUUCUAGAUGAAUUAAAGUUAGAUGCCUUGAAAAUAUAACCAGGAUUAGCAUUUUUCUUACCAAAUUAUGAUAAGAUGUAGCCUGAGGAGGCUGAAAAGGUCAAAGAAAUCGAAGCUGCAUUUUUUAAAGAGCUAUACUUUUUGAAAGUCUUACAUCCACAAGAGUACAAUCCAAAAUAGAUUUUACUAAUUUGGAGGUUUUAAUUUGAGUCAUAAUUCAAGAAGCCAAUAAACUUACUCCCUCUAUAUUAAUAAUAACAUAUCAUUAAAAAAGAAUGA